AUGCCUGCUGAUUAUAAUGGGACGUGGGAAAUGGAAUCCAAUGAAAACUUUGAAGGCUACAUGGUUGCUUUAGAUAUUGAUUUUGCAACUCGUAAGGUUGCAAAACACCUGAAACAAACAAAGGAGAUUAUUCAAGAUGGAGACAACUUUAAAACAAAAACACUCAGUACUCUCAGAAACUACGAACUGAACUACACUGUGGGAGUGGAGUUUGAAGAACAUACCAAAGGACUCGAUAACCGAGUGGUUAAGACACUAGUGACCUGGGACGGUGACAAACUGAUAUGUGUUCAGAAAGGUGAAAAGAAAAACCGAGGCUGGAAGCACUGGAUUGAAGGAGACCAGUUGCAUCUGGAAUUGACGUGUGAAGACCAGGUAUGCCAUCAGAUAUUUAAGAAGAAAAAAUAA